AUGGGCGGCAAAGUAGAUGUUUACAUAGAUGUUGCAUCUCUUUACAGCUAUGUCACGUUUUAUUAUUUGCUCCAGAAUGAGGACGUACUCGCAGCGCAUGGCGUGCAGAUAGACAUCCAUCCCGUUCUUCUUGGCGCCAUUAAUGCAGCUUCUGGAAAUAAGCCGCCAUGGACACUCCCAGCAAAGGCAAAUUAUGGUACAUAUGACGCCCAACGCUCCUGUGCCCGCGUUGGCAAGCCUAAUAUCACUCCGCCUGCCAACUUCAUGGAACGCAGCAUGACGGUGUUGCCCCUUCGUGCCCUACACUAUAUCAAGAAGAACUAUCCCUUCUCUACUUAUCAAACCACCUGGCACUGGGUCCUUCACUGCUUCUGGGAACCGCCACACCGCAACAUCACCAAGCCCGAUGUCCUAGUCAAGGUGCUGGCUGAUGCGCCUCAGCAAUACCCGGCGCCCCAAGGAGCCGUGGCAAAGCUGUUCAGCGAGGCCGACGUGAAGAAGAUAAUGGAGGGAGCCACAUCGCAGGAUAUCAAGGAUGCUUUGAAGUCGAAGACUCAGGAAGCGAUUGAUAGAGGCGCGUUUGGAGCGCCGUGGUUGUGGGCUGUGAAUGACCAGGGGGCGGCAGAGCCCUUCUUCGGGAGUGACAGGUUUCAUUUCCUGUACGAUUUCUUGGGCGUCCCAUACCAGGACAUUGCUAUUCUUGCACCUGGGACCUCGAAGAAGGACGCGAAACUGUAG